AUGCAACGUUUUGUCUUUAAACCACAAGGAAAACAAGCCGGGGCGGGGGAGGGGAAGGGCAAGAGACAUCCCCCCAGGGAGAGGAAACGGAGAGGAACAAAAACAACGGGCAGCGCUGUCUCCCGUCCCUUCGGACACUCGAAAAAGUGUCCGCCGGAGCCCCCGCGGCGGCUGCCGGCCGGGAGGCAGUGGGAAGCAGCGUGCCCCGUCCGCCGGCACCCCGAGCGCGGCACGCCCGCAGCGCUCCGCCCCGGGGCAGGCGGGCAGCGGAGACCCCCGAGCGCUGCGGGCAGCGCGGGGCGGAGGGCGGGCGGCGGAGCCAGCGCCUCCACCAGCGCCUCCUCUGCCGCUGCCGCCCGUGCCCCGCGUCCCGGCCGGGCCGCCUCGCCCCCGCGCUGCCCGGACCCUCGCUGGAGCAGCGGGGGUUUCGGAAAGGGACUGCCAUCCCUACGUGUUUCCACGCGGACGCCGCCACCAGAAAGGUUUCCUCACAGCCUCCGGUCAAGCCGCCGCUGGCCCCGCCGCCGGCCCUCGCAAGGGCAGGCUGUCAGCAGAGCGAUUGGCGGCCGGCAGAGCCCCGUCGCCCACCCCAGGCGGGCCGGCAGCCCCGGCCGCUCGGGGGGCUCAGCCCGGGCCCCCCGUUUCCGCCGCACCGGGAGCGGGCGGGAGGCGCAAGCGGGGAACAAUGCGACGGCAGCCUUCGCGGCUUGCUCCUGUCUUGGGGCUUACCCCAGCAGCCCCGGUAACACCCAGCCGAAGAGCGGCGAGGGCAAAACAGCAGGGAACAUCACCUGGACUGAGGCAGAAAGUCCGGCUGGGCGUGGAUAA